ACUUUCUCACCACUUCCUUUUCAAUACUUACUUUCUACUAUAUUGAAGAAGAAAAUAUGGGUGUGAAAGGCAAGUUGAUUGCCUCAGUAGAGGUGAAGUGUGGAGGACACCCGAUUCAUGACAUUUUUCACACCAAUACUCAUCAUAUAUGCAACAUAAGUCCCGGUAAGAUCCAAAAAUUUGAUAUUCAUGAAGGUGAAACCGUAAAAGUUGGUUCGAUUGUUAACUGGAAAUAUAAUGACGAUGGAAAAGAUAAGAUCUGUAAGCAAGUGAUUGAAGCCGUAGAUCAUGAGAAGAAAUCAAUCACUUGGAAAGUAAUUGGAGGAGAUCUAUUAGAGUUGUACAAUUCCUUCAUUAUUACCUCAUCCCAUGACCACCAAUGGACUACAUGGACAUUCGUGUACGAGAAGAAAACUGAAGACACCCCAGAGCCUCUCGUUCUCUUGGGUUUUGUCCUACAUGUGACCAAAGAUAUAGAGGGUCACCUUCUCAAGUAAUCUAAUCUAUGCUAUUCAAUGGCUCAUAGCCAUAUAUAUGUAUGUUAAUACACAUAUAUAUGUGUGUGUGAUGAGUAUUUGGAAAUAUUGGCUAGUUCUAGCUAGCUACGUGUGAAAUAAAGAAUGUUGUGUUUGAAGAUAUAUAUUAUAUAUGCACUCUCCUUCUAUGGAUGUAUUUCUAAUGGUGAAUAUAUGUAAGAUAUUUUGAAUUUUGCAAGUGUGAGCUUUACCUGUAAAAAGACGAUAUGUUUAUUAGUGUGUUAUUCUCA